AUGGAAGCUUCACGCUUUGACAAAAAGCACGGCCAUGAUGCCUAUGGACCCUUCAGCUUCUUGAACCCUACAACACGCCACUAUAGACUUCCUUCUCAGAAAUUAAUUGACCAGAAAAUUCAAGAGAAUCUGCGUAAUAAAGAGAGUGGCAAUGGAGAGGGAGACAGAACCGAGGAUCCUGCAAAGAAUCGGGGGGACGAGAUACGAGCUGGCGAUGUAGAGCGUCUGUUCAGAACGAGGGACAAUCGGAAAGGCCGGCAUCAAAUCUCCAUCUCACCAGCCCUCCACCAAGACGUGCAAUACCUCACUCCCCCACCAAGCAACACCUUCCGCGCAACCCUCCACGGUAUCCUCCUCAUGUUCACCUCCUUCCCAUACUGGGACGUCUCCUACCUAGUCGCCAUCAUCUUCACACUUGGCUCUCUCGACUGGUGUGUCAACGCCUUCUUCGUCUGGCUCCCUUUACAGCUCCCCUCUUCGGAGUUUCCUGGCGAGAUCGCAAAUGCAGGUGGCAUAAGUGCCUUUGUAGGCGCCACUAUAUUCGAGAUUGGGAGUGUGCUGUUGAUGAUUGAGGCGGUGAAUGAGAAUCGUUCGGAUUGUUUUGGCUGGGCGAUUGAGGAGGUGUUGGAGGAGCGGGGACUUAGGAGGUUGAAGCCCGAUGGGUGUGUACAUCAUCAUAGGAAUAAGGGAAAUCUAGUUGGUAAGGGGAAGACUGUGGAUGGCAAACCUCCACUGAACGUCGAGAUGGCUUCGAAAGAUAAGCUAGAUUUUAAGUCUGCGCGAACUUGGACUUGGUGGCCUACUUGGUAUGAGUUAAGGAUUCAUUACUUUAAGGAAGUUGGCUUUUUAGCCUGCUUGUCGCAGAUGAUCGGGGCGACUAUUUUCUGGAUAUCUGGGUUUACAGCUCUUCCUCCAAUUUAUAGCCGCCUCACCUCAACAGCAGCUCAGAAUGGAGCCUAUUGGCUUCCCCAAGUGCUUGGAGGCUCCGGCUUUAUCAUUUCGGGCUUCUUGUUCAUGGUAGAAACACAGAAGAAAUGGUAUAUUCCUGCUCCGAAGGUGCUGGGGUGGCAUAUUGGAGUAUGGAAUCUUGUAGGAGGUAUUGGCUUCACUCUAUGCGGAGCUCUCGGCUUCGCUGCCUCCAACAGUGGCUGCGUGUACCAAGGCUCACUGGCUACUUUCUGGGGCUCGUGGUGUUUUCUGGUCGGGAGCGUCAUUCAGUGGUAUGAGAGCUUGGACAAACAUCCUGUAAGUGUUGGAGGAGGGAAUGAGACAGUCUCGGAUACCCAGGCCGUAUAG